AGCUCCCGACCGACUCGCGCCCCUCUCUCUAUCUCUUCCCCCCUCUACGCCACUAGACGCAGCCAGUCAUGAGUAGCCACGAGGAGACGGACGCGGCCGCGCCGGGCGUGAGCGUGCCGCCCGACGCCAAGUUCGACCUGACGAACCGCCUGGCGCCCUUCAUGGACCUGCACUUCAUGUUCCCGCUCAUCGACUUCCUGUCCAGCAGCGAGCUGUACGACGAGGCGCAGCUCAUGGCGGCCAAGCUGGCGCUGCUCAAGCCCACCAACAUGGCGGACUUCGCCGUGGAGAUCCACCAGACGCUGCACGGCACGGAGGACGUGCCCGAGGAGUUCGAGACGCGCCGCGGCGAGAUCCUGGAUGCGCUGAGCUUUGCCAAGAGCGAGUGCAGCCCCAUGCUGGAGCUCAUCGAGGACGAGGAGAAGAUCAUGCAGCUGCAGAGCGAGAACCUGCUGAACGCCAGCCACCUCGAGCAGAACGAGGGCAUCACGCCCGCCGUGCUGGACGGCCUCUACAAGUACGCCAAGCUGCAGUACGAGUGCGGUAACUACCAGGACUGCCUCACGUACCUCACGUACUACGGCGUGCUCAUCCCCAACUCGUCCGAGCAAUACCUCAACGCGCUCUGGGGCAAGCUCGCGGCCGAGAUCCUCAUCUUCCGCUGGGACGACGCGCUCGCCGACAUCUCGCGCAUCAGCGACGUCAUCGAGAGCAGCACCAUUAUGAGCCCCGUGGAGCAGCUCCAGCAGCGCACGUGGCUGCUGCAUUGGUCGCUGUUCGUGUUCGCGUGGCACGAGGAGGGCCGCGACGCCAUCGUGGACUUCAUGCUGCAGUCGCGCUGCGUGGAGGCCAUCCAGAGCAACGCGCCGUGGCUGCUGCGCUACCUGUGCGCCGGCGUGAUCCUGCACAAGCGUCGCCGCAACCUCAUCAAGGACCUGCUGCGCGUGCUGCGCGUGGACGACAAGGGCUACCGUGACCCGAUCGUGGACUUCGUCGACUGCCUGUUCGUCAACUUCGACUUCGAGUCGGCCCAGGAGAAGCUGCGCGAGUGCGAGGUCGUGCUGGCCAGCGACUUCUUCCUCUACGAGAAGAACUCGACGGACUUCAUGGAGGCCGCGCGCCUGGCCAUCUUCGAGAUGUACUGCCGCGUGCACCGCACCAUCGACAUGAAGGCGCUGUCAUCCAAGCUGGCCAUGCAGGAGGACGGCGAGGCCGAGAAGUGGAUCGUGAACCUCAUCCGCAACGCGCGCCUGGACGCCAAGAUCGACACCCAGGAAGGACGCAUCGUCAUGGGCAUGCCGCAGAACUCGGUCCACCGCCAGGUGAUCGACAAGACCCGCGACCUGGCUGCGCGGACCUGCAGCAUGGUGGCGCAGUUCGAGCGCAUGGGCAAGCGAAAGACCUUCCAGUGAGCCUGGAGCUCAUCCAGAGAGCUACCGACCGAGUCGCGCCACCCACGCAGCAACGCGCUCCCGCUCCUGGCAACAGGCAAGGCAGAGGGAAAAGACAGCGCAGGAGAGGAGCCCGCGGUGCCAGGUGAGGGCGAGGGUGAGUAGCACCGCCGACUCGGCCACGUCAACAGCAGCAGCGGCAGGAGGAGGAACGACGCAGGAACGGGAGCAGGUGGGGACUGAGCACUAAAUAUAUAGUAGACCAGUGCGUGGUUUUUUCGAUCCAUUGUCUGUUGCCGCUGGCUGGAUUGCGGGCAGGCUGGUGAUGCGGGUGGCGUCGUGUCAAUCAAGACUUGGUAUGCGGCU